GAAUCUGUUCCUCCGUCUUAUCAUUUCUCUCUCAGCGAAGAGUUGUGUUCUUGCCUUAAAUGUCCGAAUGAACCUAACAGGUUCAUCAACACUACAAGAAUUUUCUAUGUUUCGUAGAACGUAACGAAUGAGCAGCACGUUGCAAAGCUGCAACUCUCACAAAAGCUGAUGAGAUACCACACCGUCUCAUACCUUGUCUUUCCGGACGCGUGUCCGUUCGGGUCAGCCGCGACGACCGACGCAGCAGUGUGACUUCCCACGUGCGUGCAGGAGCCGAAUAAUAACUCGAGGACGGCACGGAACUCCCCGAUCUCCGCUUCCUUCUUCUUCGGCUCUUCUCCGCGGUGAUCGUCCCCCGCUCGCCGGCGUCCGACCCUCAUCGAAGUUCCCGGUCCCUCUUCAGAUUAUUUCGGAUAAGAGUUUGGUUUCGGCCCUAAAAGUUGCUUGGCUUUUAGUCCCAAAAGCUGCUUGUUUUUUUUAUGGACUAUUUGGAGCAAAAGGGUUAAUCUCGCUACAUUUGCAGAAUCCAAUUUUUCGCAAUGGUUGAUACCAUCGGCGUGAGCACAUCCCUUGUCGGUCACCACCUGUUCGACCGAAGGCCCUUUCCCAAAGAAGUUAACUUUAAGCGGCGGAUCGACUUCUGCAGCCUGCUCGUCACAGAAUUUAUGGGGCAGCGGUUGUCGAUCGGCCCUUCUACUUCCAUUGCGACUCCCAGGCAACGAUGCAACCGGUUAAUUGGUUCGACCAUCAGGUCAUUGGCGAUGGAGCUGACAAAGGAAAAGAACCCUUCAAAAGAAGACUGGCGGAGGAUUGCUCAUGAUCUCGAUUACACAACUGAUGCAACAGGCCUAAGCCCUGGUAGAUUGUGGCCUCCUGCGAACAAGGCUGAUGACCCGAUGAUUCACAACCCGCUGCUCCGUCAAAAAAGAAUGGGUUGUGGGUGGUUCACUGUGAUCCUUGAAUUGGAAGGAGUGAUUGUGGAAGAUGACCCUGAGUUGGAGAAGCAAGCCUGGGUGGUGUUAUCUCGAGAAGAGGGAAGAUCGCCACCCCUGGCCUUUGUUUUGAAGAGAAUUGAAGGAAUGAAGAACGAGCAAGCAAUCUCUGAGGUUCUUUGCUGGUCACGAGACUCUACGGAGCUUAGACGAUUGGCCUCACGGAAGGAGGAAAUACAUCAAAGCCUAAGAAAUGGUGGAUGCUAUCAGCUCCGAUGUGGGUCUCGGGAGUUCAUGACUACUCUUGCAAAUCACAAGAUUCCACUUGCUGUGGUGUCCACACGACCGUGGAAGAUUCUCCAGGAGGCAAUUGAGGCUGUCGGUGUGCGAAGCUUCUUUGAAGUGAUAGUGGCAGCGGAGGAUGUGUAUAGAGGAAAACCUGAUCCGGAGAUGUUUGUUUAUGCUGCACAGCUCCUUAAUUUUAUACCGGAGCGGUGCAUCGUGUUUGGAAAUUCUAAUUCAACUGUGGAGGCAGCGCAUGAUGCCCGUAUGAAGUGUGUGGCAGUUGCAAGUAAACACCCGGUUUAUGAACUCCGUGCAGCUGACCUUUUGGUGAGGCGCCUGGAUGAGAUAUCAGUCAUCGACCUAAAGAACCUUUCUGACAUUGAUUCUCCGGAGUUUGCAUCAGAACCAGAGGUGGAGAUGGAAGAGGAAGAUGAUCCAUCUCCAUCGUCUUCGGUGGGCGUUGAUGAUUUCUUCUGGUAAAGUCAUUCGUAUGUACAGCUUAUUGUUUCCGUUCCUGCGACUAGUAAGUACAUGAUCCUGACAUAAAGCAGGAAACUGGGGUCUUGUCUCUUAACUUUAUAAGCUAAAUAUCAUGUCAGUGCUUCCUUUAGACAAUGUACAUACUAAAGCAAAUAAGGAAGAUAAAUCGGUUGCUGGGUGGCCUUCAUUUGGGUUCACCGUUCGCUGAAAUAUAUGGUAUUUUGAGACUUGCAAUACUGGAUUAUUAAAA